AAUAGAAUCACAUGAUCGCAAGAUGGAGGAUGGCCAUGAGAAUGACAAGAGAGGUACUCGUGAUGUGUGAUUAAAGUAAACAAAGAAGUGGAGAAAAACAAUGCUCGUCAAUUUUGCUUUUAAGUUAUAAAUUCAUAUCGUAUUCCGUGAAUUGAUGAAUUAAAAGAAUGUGAAAACUGAAAACAAAACCACUGGAGAAUAUUUAUCAAAGGAGGAAGUUGAUAACAGUGAUAAUGGACGAUCCUUUGGGGGCCCGCUCCGAUUGUGUCGAUCUCGGGGAAUUGACAAGAUGGAACCUAACACAACUGCCAAUGACGUCAGAAGAAGACGAAGAUGCCGAGAUCUCUCCCUUUCCUUGGAGAAAUGAUCUGAACGCCAAACUCAUAUUGUGGUGUGGCGACAUGACCCGUCUGUUGGUCCAUGGUAUAGUGAACUUAACCAAUGAGAGACUGGACGCUAGGCUUCCUGAAACAGAGGCUAUUUAUCAGAAAGGCGGGCCAGAUUUAGUGGCAGAAAUCAGGAACAAUGUCAGAAUAUGUAAGACAGGAGAGGCGAAGACCACCAAGGGCCAUAAACUUCCGGCUCGAUUUGUUAUCCACACGGUCGGUCCUCGAUACAACAUCAAAUACAUCACGGCAGCAGAGAGUGCACUUUUCUGUUGCUACCGAAGUGUACUACGACAAGUCAGAGAGCACCAGAUGAAAUCCGUGGCCAUUCCAUGUCUUCACUCAAUAAAACGGGGCUAUCCAACCGAGGAUGGGGCACACAUCGCUAUCAGAACAGUGAGACGUUUUCUAGAGAAGUUUGGAGACGAUGUUGAGACGGUGAUAUUAGUCUGCAAUGAGGACACAGUAGAUGCCUACAUGAAGAUCCUGCCCCUUUAUUUUCCACGGAGCUGUAAGGAGGAGGGGGACAUGCUCAAGUUUCUUCCCAAAGACAUCGGAAACGAAGACGGAGAACCCAUCAUUCCCGAGAGACAGAUCAGGAUUAUGGAUAAACCCAUGAUGGCCUCUAUGAGGAACACUAGAGAUUUGGAGGGAUUGGAGGAGACGAUUGAUUUAAACAAGGAGUUUGGUACCUCCACCGUCGUGGAAGUCGGCAGACAUCCAUUCGCUCAGAUGCAGAGUAAUCCUGACGAAGUGAAAAAGUCCACUGUGUCGAGUUAUAGCACGGCAGAACAGAGGCAGAUUGAAAAUAGGAGGAGAUAUGAACGGCUACUGAAGCGGUCUAAGGUGGAGGACCUGACGGACAUUGCAGCCCUGAAAUGUAUCUACCGAACAGGGGUGGAUCGCUUCGGACGACCAGUUAUCAUUCUCGUUGGGAAACAUUUCCCAGCCAAUACUAUCAACAUGGAGAGGGCCCUGCUGUAUCUGAUUCGUGUCAUGGAGCCGAUAGUGGAGUCUGGUUAUGUCAUCGUAUAUUUUCACACACAAACUACGGCAGAAAAUCAGCCGGACAUGUCGUUCCUCAAACAGGUGUACUCCGUCCUGGAUAACAAAUACAAGAAAAAUAUGAAAGCUUUUUACAUUAUCCAUCCAACUUGGUGGUCAAAGCUGGCGACAUGGUUUUUCACAACAUUCACUGCAUCAGACAUCAAAAACAAGGUGAUCAGCAUGCGAGGAGUUCAGUAUUUGUAUGGCACAAUCUUCCCAGACCAACUGGACAUUCCGUCCUUCAUCAUUAACUACGACAUAGAGAUAAAUGGUCCCCGUUAUUACGAACCACCAACCGGCAACGAACCUGAUACUUUGUGAUGACAGAAUGGUGUAGCAAAAGAGAAACACUCAGACUUAUUUUUGAAUAGCUUCAACUGCAACUACAGAAACAUUUUUGAGAUCAUGUGACCGAAUGACGUACUCGUAGUCCAGAUUAAUGAUGAUAAGACUAGUUUGUUAUGCUUUAUAUCGUUUAUACCAAGUGCUGGUCACAUUGCCAUGACAACUGAUUAAUACUCAGGACCUUUUUGUUGAUGAUUGUGGAAUGUUGGUGCAAGUUCAUUCAUGAUUGUUAAAUGAAUAGCUCAAGUGAGCUUUUCUGAUCAAGGAUUGUUUGUUAUAUAUAUCUGUUAGCUUUUAAAAUGUUUCCUCUAAAGAAUCACUAUGCUUAUUGCAACCAAAUUUUGCAUUAAUUAUCUUAGUUAACUUAAUUUCUUGACUUCCUCUAAGGUAGAAAGUAGAGGUGUUGGUUUGUAAAAUUGUAAACAAAGAAUGCUGGUGUAUUCUUUGAUAUAUGAUAUAUUCGGUGUUAAUUUUAAAGCAAAGCCAUUUGUUGACAUAAAGAAAAUUUCCCAAUUUGUUCUAUGUUGACACUAUUUUUCCCAACUGAAUGGGUAUCAGUAGCAUUUCCAUAUGAUAAAAAAAAACCAACUCUGAUAUGAAAAUAAUUUUUUGACACUAUAACCCCCUGGAUCAGUUUGGUAUUAUAAUUGGAUAUUAUGUUUAUUUGGUAAAAUGCAAUUCUCAAGUGUCCAUGAGCAAUGUUGCCUAUAGUUUCAUUGUCUAAAAUGAUCCAAGGUUGAUUUCUAACAUGAUACAUUGAAUUACAUAUAGUGUUAGUGGACAUGCUAAUGUUGUAAUGUUGAGAUGAGAAAAUGUUUUAUGUAAACUAUACAGUAUGAUGUAUAUGGUUUUUUUUUUCUUUUUCUUAAUCAACUUUACAAAUGUUUCCUACUCAGAUAUAGUCCUUAGUACAACCCAUAUUCCAUUUCUUGUGCAACUCAUGUGUAACUGAAUAGUAUGAAUUAUGUACCAUUGAUUUCAUAUAAAUAUAAUUGAUAUUGAUGCAAUUGGUAUUUUUUUUUUUAAAGUUUUGAAAGUUUUUUUCCAGAUAAGUAAUUUAAGUCUUAAAAGGAUUUUUGAAAACUUCAAUGGUAUGACAAUGACAUAUUUGAAGAGUUUAGUUGUAUGACAAUGAAAUAUUUGUAGAGAAGACCACUUAGUUGUGAUUGAUUUCCUUUCAAAUUUUUUUCUUAGAAUUCAAUGUUUGUAUGUACAUCUAUAUAUAGUUAUAAUAUUGAUUGUAUAUUCUUAAUUUAUUUUGAUUUCAUUAAGAAAAUUAAUUUUCAGCUGUGCAAGUCACUCACUUGAUUUGUUGUGAAACUAUGACACAAUGUAUCACCACAUGUAUUGUAAGUUUCAGAAACAAAAUGAAAAUGGGAUAUAAAGCUGGAAAGCAAGGCAUGGUGUGGGAUCAGAGGGUCCAUCGCAAUGCCCUGGUGGGGCCCUGGAUUACCAACUCCUGAAUUUUAGGAUGUAAUGUAUGGUGAUUUUUGUCCUGGUGAGAUAUGUUAUACAUGUUAUUUUUCAGAAAACUGCCCUGUUUGGGGCCCAGGGAGUGAAAGUCUUAUAAGCUCCUGGGUUUUAGUAUAUCAUGUGUGUUGUGGUUUUGCCCUCCAAGAUAUAUUUGCUCUCAUUACUUAGCAAUUCAAACUUCAAAAGAUGGGAACUCCCCUCUUUUGCCAAAAAUUGUCCAUCACCUUCAGCUCUGACAGCUAUUUUGCGAUGCAAGCUUGAAAUGAAUAUCAUGCCAACCAACCUCAUCUGGAUACAGAAACUGUCACAUUUUGUACAUCUUACAGAUUCCAAUCCAUUACUCACCCCCAACAAUGCUUACAUACUUGUUUUUGUUCUUUUACAUAAGUUUUGAAUUAUCAUAUACCUGUUGUAUAUGUUUCUGGAAUAAUGAAUUGUCUUUCCAUCACGUGCAAUCAUCAGUAUUGAUCUUUAAUUGAUUACAUUAAUCAUUAUGUUCACAGACUAACGUCUUUUGUAAUGAAAUAAAUGCUUCGGAUGUUUA